CUGAUGCAGUAUACAGUGUGUAUAUAUGUGUGUGUGUGUGUGUGUGUAUGUGUGUGUAAAUUUAUAUACACACACAUACAAACAGUUCCUGGAAGAGAACUCUGAAUGCUUUGCUAGCAAAACACUGUGGUGUGCAAACCUAGAACUCAAUAGAAAAAAAAAGCCAUUUAUCUGAAGGCUGCAUAGUGGAGAGAGUCUUCAGUUUACCUCAUUCUUUGUAGCAGCCCUUGAUUUUAACAGGUUUUGUAAUAGGUACAAAUAAUCCCAUACCUUUCUAGGUCCAAUUUUAAGUUAAGCUAAAAUUCUUUGUAGGAUUAAUUUAUUUGUAUAUGAUAGUAGAAGGUAAGAUCAUGUAAAACCUUAUAAUUUGGGGGAUCUGACACUAUUUAAAUUAUUGGCAACUGUCAUCUGUUGUACAGGGGUUCUCUUUUUCUACCGGCUCUGUCUGUUACAUCAGUAAUGCAUUUUCUAUGUUCAAGCACACAACUUUACAUAAACACAAAGUUCACUAGUAAGAUCAAUUUAUAAUACUUUGGCUGUCUACAACACUAACUGCACUCUGCUAUAAAAACUAAAUGUAUGUUCUUUUCAUGUAAGCAUUAUUAAUAUAUCUCCUUUACCAAAAAACCUGAGCAAUACAGUAUUUUCUUUAUAUGCUAUAUGCCUUUGUUUGCUUAAAAGCUAACAUUUUUGCAUUUACUUUAAAGGGCUGUACUAAACCCACAGCUUUACGUUUUCUCCUAGAAGCAGCAUUGCAGCUAAACCCCGAAUCCACAAAUAGUUUUAAAAUACGGUAUUUCUCUUCUCCACAUUUCCAUGCUUUCAUAUCAGUGCUUAGUUCUUUUUCCAGAUGAACACUAUAGAUAAUCUCCUGUUUGAAAUGUGGGGCAGGAGGCUCUUUCUUGGCAAUGGAGCUAAGUUUUUCUCCUUUCUAGUGAAACAGCAACCCAAAUGUCCCUAUUAGUAGAGCUCGAGUCCCAUGUAGUCCAUGCUUCACACAAACAGAAACGAAUGCACUGUUGUUUUGAAAGCUCAAUUAUAAAUUAUAAAAGGGUUACUUCAUAAAUGGGGCUGCCUCCUCAGAUAUUCAGAGUAUAAGAUGGAGGAGCCUGCUGUGUUUCACACUGGCUUGUUUGAUGUUCAUAUAUCUUACUGUUAAUUCAACAGUAUUUUAUUGUGAAAGAAAACCCCAGUGUUUCAGCUCACUCAGGAGUCAGGGUAAGAGGUGAACCACCACUGUCGUGCAUUCCUUGAGUGUUCUGAGGGAAGGUCACACUUUUCCUUCCCAGGGUCAAAGAAACCUUUGGGAAAUGACUGAAGGAGACUAUUUUUCCCAAGUAUUAUGAUGUCUCGUUAAUUCUGAGAAUACCACUGGAUUCUGUGUUCCAUGGACAUUUGGGAUUGCAGUUCCCAUUGUGAUUUGAUUGGUUCUCAGUCGAAUGGAUCACUUUGAAGGAAGGUUGUGGUUAUCACCAUUAUACCACUGAGAUAAAGUGUUAGCAAAGUAUGGCUCAGCUUAAUUUAUGAUAUGACCAAGAGCUUUUCUCUUCCAAAAGAUGAAUUUUAUUGUAAAUAGUUUCUCAAAAUAUUUUUAACUGGAUCAUGAGCAUGGGGAGAGAAAGUUUCUCAGCUGCUAAGAAUUUCCCCACUGUUUACUACUUUCACUUACAGUGGUAUUGCAUAUAAGAUGACAAAAUUUAAGGUUUUAUUUGUAUCUAUUACCCAAACCAUCAAGUUGUCUUUAAUUUCAUCAUGUCUUGGAGGUCCAGUGCAUAAAGGGCUGAUAGAGGAACACUCCCUCUAACCAGUCAGCACGCUACCCAGGAUUGAGACCGUCCCAUCAAGUAGUAUCUGAAGUCAAAUCUUUGUACUCUUCCAGACCAAACAGUGAAAUGGAUUCAUUCAUAUAAAAUUCUAUAAAUCCUGUAAGUGGAAAGAUAGACAACUGUCAGCAGUUGCUUUUAAAAAGGUCACUAUAAUAAGUACUAUAUAGUACAGUAUUAAUUUAUAGCAGGAAAUCAUAUCUUGUAAACUGUAUAUAAAACACUGUUUUAUGGUGCAAUCAUUUGUCAAACUUUUGUCUGUUACAUUGUUUUUAGAGUGUGUGCAUUCUUCUCAUACCUAAGAACAUCACUGUAAAAUCUGCUGAAAACUAUUUAUAGGUUUUAUUUGCACAAGACUUAAAUUAGUUUGGAAUUUUUGGAAGCUCCUAUUGAACAUGCCUAAACAUCUGUAAACAUGAAAAAUCUUCAGUUCAUUAAAAGCAAACAUUUCAGUAUGAUUCUUUCCAAAGGUAAUCCAUGUUCUAUGUUGUUAAUGUGUGUAUGUAAUUUUUCUGACUCGUCUUCUUAUCCUAUUUUCUCUUCCAUUUGUUUUGUUUUUGAAGGAUGGCUCUUUUUUUUUUUUAAAUGUUCUAAAUGACCAAAACACUUCAUUGAUUUUUACCCUUUUGCCUAAAGCUUUGAUAUCCCUGCUUGAUGUUCUGUGAAUUCACUGUUUAAUAUCUUAAGUAAAAUAAUAGUCCUGGUGACAUACAGUCUAUUGAUUUAGAGAAAAGGCCCUGAAAAAGUAUUGGAAACUAACUUUAGAUAUACUUUUAGCUAUUAUUUUGCAUCGUGGGCUUCAUGGGAAGAACAUGUUGCAUUUAUUUUGUCUUUAUUAAAAGACUACUAGCCACAAGUUACUCCGAUUGUAGUAACUGUUUUAUCAACCCACUUUGAUCUUCUUUUAAAAAUUAAAUUUACAUUCACAGUUCAAAACAGUAAGCUGUCUUUCAGAACUAAUUUUUGAAGGAUAAAAAUAUAUGAAGGAAAAACAUGGCCUGUGUAGGUUGGAUUCCCUACACAGGACUUACUAGUUGUAUCACCUCAAGAGAUUUUAGAGUUUGUGAUCAAGGUCUGUAUAUUACCCCAAAUUUUAUUAAGAAUUGUUUUCUAAUUGGUUAUAACAUUUUUCACUUAAUAGUUUCAAAACAAAUUGUUAAUACAAACUGUAUAAAAUGAACAUAAUUUUCUUCACUUGUAUUUUUGUUAUUGAGCAAGUUUAUCAAAAUAAAUUGUCUACUAAAGAAACUAAAAAGGCUCCUAUUGCUUUGAAAUAAGCUUUGAUUUUAAAAAUUCAUUUCAGAAGUUGAUUUCUUACAGAGGUUUUACAUAUUCACGCAGUGGGACUGCUCUGCCCCGUGGUCUUACUCUGUUAGCCUUGGCAGGGGGAGAUCUUGCUCUUCUUCCUACUCCCACCCCCAGCUCCCUCCUCGGGAAGAGAUGCUGGUAAUAUUCCAGAAUAUGGAUUAGGGCAUGUUUACCAGUAAGAAGAGUCAAUCAGCACUAAGAGCCCACACAUAUGUGGCUCUCUCUUCUGCGUCAUGAUUUUAUGAACAGAGAUCCACUGAGCCAAGGCCCUCAAAGCCAGCCGUCUCGCCUUUCUCCCUCGCACAUCAACCUAGGACCGUUCGUCUUUGCUUCAGUCUUCUCUGUUUCUACUUCACUGCAGGCCAAAGGAUUUGGCUUCCAAAAUUUUAAAAUUUGGGUUGAAGGAGAGGACAGAGGGCUCAAGUCUUUAGAGUCAUACAUGUGCUCCGUCACAGCCUUACUGUAGCUUUCUCGAGCGGUCUCAGGAUUAGCCCAGCCGAAUAAUCACUAAUAAAGCACUACAUUUGCCCUUUGCUGCUGUUUCUUCUUUAUAACGGCCCUUCCAGGAACCUCUUGGGGAGUUGGAAGAUAAAGGCAAAGUAGGAUUUGGAUGUUCUUGAGUUCUGGAUCAUAAAGGCAUCUUAUUUUCUUAGGGUGCCAGUCACCCCCAUUUGCCUGAGGCUGAGGGGUUUCCUGGGAAAUGAGACUUUUGGUGUUCUAACUGGGAAAGUUCCAGGCAAAAGGGAUGAGCUGAUCACCUAUCUUCACACUAUCCAAAUCUACCCUGGUGUAUAACACAGAUGAGAAGUAUUUGAAGAAUUCUAUGAACAUUACUGAAGAGGUCAGUUGGAAAUUGUAAUGGUAGACGUACACAACUUGUAAGAGAGUGGGAGAAAACACUUUUCCUUCUCUUUGGUAAUACCUUACAAAAAAACAGACUAGCUUUAAAAACAACGUGAGGGUACCUGGCUGGCUCAGUUGGUGGAGCAUACAAUUCUUGAUCUCGAGGUCAUGAGUUCAAGCCCCACAUUGGGGCCAAGAAAACCACAAUAACAUGAGUCCAUAGACACCUCAUUUGACUUAGUCUUCCGCUAACUCUGUUCUAACUACUGUAUGAGGAGAUUAUAGGAAAAACACCAAGACUAGAAGACUCCUCUCCUGCAAAGUCAACUCUUCUGGGUCCCAGUUACCCAGCAACAAAAUAAAAGUAGGUAUUUAUAAAUGGUAUCAAAGACAGAAAGCAUAAUGCUGUAUUAUUUUUUUAGAGUUUUGGUUCUUUUCCCAGGAGGAGAAAACAAUGGGAUGGUAUUUUCAAGCAUAUUCAAGUUUUCUACAAUUCAGCCUCAGUUCCACACGCAGACGGACGACCCAAGAUUAAAUUUCAAGAGGAGAUUUUUCAUGAGACUCAAGAUUUUAGAGCUGGAUGAAAUACAAAAGAGCGCAUCCAGUGUUUCCAUUUUCCAGAUGAAGAAAUCAAGGCCUCAGAAGAGCAGACUGUCUUCCCCGAAGUCACACAAUAGCAAAGCAGGCACCCCACACAGGAAGAAAUGUCUGUGACAAAAAAGUCCUCGGACAGUUGACCUAGGACAGCUAGCUGUUUGUGUUCUAUAGUAUCUGAACCAGUCUAACUUCCGCUAAUCUCCAUCUGUCCCAUCCCACUAAUUUCUACCAAAAUUACCUUAACCCAAAAGAAAGCAUAUCAUUUCUUUGAGUUCCUGUCAUUCCCAUUCUACAGAAUGAAGUGCAAACUUCUUCAGCCUUGCUUCCUGAUCUGGCUUCAGUCCGUCUCUUCCGUCUUUCUACCAUUGUAUCUCUUCACCUUACACAGCCAAACUAGCUCGUCUCCAUUCUUGCACUACACCUGCUCUUUGUCUUGGCUGUGACUGCACUACCUCCUCCUCCUCGCAGUUGUCCCUAGUCCUGCUCAUAUUUGAAACAUAGCUCAUUUUUUUGUGCUUUCUCUUUGGCUUCUACCUCUAAUAGAACUUAUUUGAGGAUUCAAGACUAGGACCUUUACUACUCAAGACCCUUUGUGGACUGAAGACCCUUUCCUACCGAGUUCAUAGUGCUCCACUGUCGAUACCAACCCAAAGAGGACCAGGAUGAUGCAAGCACCCUGUCGAUCCUGAGAGAACUCUCUGGAGGCUUCUUCAAGCUUUCAGGUUCUCAGCUAUCUUGAAGCCAUAUAUUUGAAAUAAAAAUCUCACAGUGCACAAAGAUGUAAAACAGUGUUCAUUGCAACAUCGCUUUUAAAAAAUUUAUUUCUCACAGUUCUGGAGGCUGGAAAUCCAAGAUCAGGGUGCCAGCGUGGUCCGGAAAUAAGCUUUGGGGGUUUUUAAAAUGGCUACACAUAUUAGUCCUGUCUUCCAUGGUCAAGAUAAUACGUUUCUGGAAGAUCACUGCCUGAGGAGAAGCAAUGACAAAGACCCAAAGAAGCGACCAGUCCAGAAGGACCUUUGUGGACGUGGCCAAAAUCCCGACAAUGGACUACUGGUUACACAUGUUAACCAGACACAGGACUUACUGAGGCUGCAGGGAGACGAGACCCAACCCUCGGCUUGGGAGGACUCGGAAGACUGGCUUUCGACGCGCAGUUUACAGUCUGAGAGGCUCACCUUGGCUGACCUGCUUAGCCAGGGCACCGCCGUGCUGGAGGAGGGCAGCAAUAUCACGAGGAAAGUGCACUUCUCUACCCAGAUCAUCCGCCAGUUCGAAUCCAAGCUUUCUGAGGCUGUGGAACUCUAUCAGCAGAGAAUCCAGUGGCUCACAGAAAACAGCAGGAAGGUAUUUGGCCUCGUCAAGGGAGCCAGAGUCGGCAUUGUCAUUGAUGCGUCAGCCGUCAGCAGUGGCUCUCAGGAAGAGGAGUUCCAAAAUGACUUCCUGAGCCUCGUUGACGAGCAGCUGAGCCACAAGGAGAAGCUCUAUGUCCUGUCCUUCGGCUCCACCGCCAGCGCCCUCUGGCCAGAACCGGCGGAAGUCAGCUCCUCCACCCUCCAGGAACUGAAACUCUGGGUGAAGAAGCUACGGCCUGAGGGAGGCAGCAAUUUGCUACAAGCCCUGAGGAAGAUCUUCACCCUGAAGGAGCUGAAUUCUCUGGUGACCAUCAUGAGAAGCUGCCCAGAUCAGCCUUCUGAAGUUCUGUCUAACUACAUCCAACAGUCCACCUUGGGAAGGGGCCUCAUCACCCACAUCAUCACCUACAAAUGUAACAAUCAAGUCCCCCUUGCUGUCCUAAAGAACCUUGCAGAAGCUCUUGGGGGCUACUACCACUGCUACAGCCCAGAAACAGAGGUCUACACUAGCUGGGACACGGACCGGCUGCUGGCAGAAAUCCAGAAAGCCCAGAGCCUCCUGGGCCACAUCCAAGCCUUGCGCCAUAGGACCCCCUGUGAGGAACUAACCAGCAUGAUGAAGGAGAUUUCCACAGAGAUUGCAAAAGGGCCACUCACAGGUCUCUUGCCUAAACCCCCAAAGCAUGAGGGUCCCCUCACAAUUGAGUUCCCAAACUUGGACAAGACUUCUGCAGAAUGGCUAAAGAUCAAUGGCCUAAAAGCCAAAAAGCUAAGCCUUUAUCAGGUUCUGGCACCCAAUGCAUUCUCUCCUGUGGAGGAAUUUGUGCCCAUUCUCCAGAAAACAGUCUCUUCAACUAUCCAUGAGAAGGCAAUGGUACAGUUUGAAUGGCAUGAUGGGACAGUGAAGAAUGUUCACGUGGACCCACCCUUCCUCCAUGAGUACCAGAAACAGCUCAGCAGAGCUCUUCGGACAUACGAGAGACGGAUCGAGUGGCUCUCCCUGGCCAGCCGAAGAAUCUGGGGCACCGUCUGCGAAAAAAGGGUGGUUAUACUGCUGGAUAUCUCUGUGACCAAUUCCAUGUACAUUAUUCAUAUCCAGCACUCCCUGCGGCUUCUGCUGGAGGAGCAGUUGUCCAACAAAGACUGCUUCAACAUCAUCGCAUUUGGAAGUACGAUUGAAAGUUGGAGGCCUGAGAUGGUUGCUGUGAGCCACGAAAACCUACAAAGUGCCUGGCGGUGGGCACUGAGCCUGCGGUGUCAGGGAAGCCGGAAUGUCCUCAGCGCCCUGCGGAAGGCUGUGGAAGUGGACUUCAAGGACAAAGACAAAUACCAGUCCCAGGGCAUCUACCUCUUCACAGGAGGCAUCCCUGACCAGGACAUGCCCCUGCUCAGCGCCUACAUGGCUGAGGCCUGUGGGGGCUGCGACCUCCAGCUGAACGUGUGUCUCUUCUACGUGGGCGAGCCUCAGAUGGACCUCACGCCCCCGGCCCACUAUGCCAGCCGCACUGACACAGCCGCCGCCUACCGGGAGGUCACCCAGGCUACUGCAGGACGCUUCCACUGGUUUGGAGACACAGGUAUUUUCGAAAGCGAUGACAUCAACGCCAUCAUGUCCGAGAAGGAAAAGGCUUUCAACUACUCCCAAAAGUGUGCCUUACUGGUGUCUUCCCUGAAGAAACAGUCUGGAAAAGAACUGGAAAGCGCAGUUCUCCUGAAGGAAAAGCCGAAGUUAUUCAAGCAAAGAAGUCAGCCCAAGAAAGUCUUUUCCUCCAAACCCGCCGCUGCCUCAGUGGCCAGAAUGAGCCUUAAAGAUGACCCCGACAGAGAGAAGAGCUCCCCCCUGCACACUCUGACUUGGCGGCCCCCCAGCGGCAGAGCAGGCGUCCCACCAGCUGCAGCCCGGCCUGUGAGAGAAGGUCCUGCAAAACGGAGGAGGAAGACCGCGCGGAGGGAAGCAGAGACCUCUCUCUCCCUUUUUUAUACAGAAUCGGGGAAUAACGUGGGCUUCGUAUACAAGAAGUACCCUCAAGGAAGGGGCAUACGAAGGGUCAGCACGUCCAUCCAGUUGCCCAGGAAGGAUACAGUUUGCUCAAGCCAAGAGUGGGUAGCAAAUUAUGGGCUAAAAAAACUGAAUAUGGAAAUCUCCAGAUACAUGGGUCCCAGCUGCACUCAUCAGAAGUCAGUCCAGGGGCUGGUGGCAGCCAAAUACUGCAGCAUCCUGCCCAGCAUAGAAAUCAACGGGAUAGUGAGACACAUCCACUGGACGCCCAGGGAAAUGGAAGCGUACAUCACGAGCCUAGAGAAGGUGAUGAGGCGCUAUGUCCAGAGGCUGCAGUGGCUGCUGUCCGGGAGCCGCCGACUGUUUGGUGCCGUGUUGGAGAGCCGAGUGUGCAUCCUGGUGGACACAUCGGGGUCUGUGGGCCCCGCCCUGCAGCAGGUGAAGACGGAGCUGAUCCUGCUGAUUUGGGAGCAGCUGCGGAAGCACUGUGACAGCUUCAACCUGCUCAGCUUUGCGGGGGACCUGCGACUGUGGCGGGACACUCUGGUGGAGACCACCGACGCGGCAUGCCACGAGGCCAUGCAGUGGGUGACCCGCCUGGGCGCUCAGGGCGGCACCUCCAUCCUGCAAGCGUUACUGAAAGCUUUCAGUUUUCCUGAUGUGGAAGGAUUGUACCUCCUGACUGACGGGAAGCCAGAUACAAGCUGCAGCCUUAUUCUGAGCGAAGUCCAAAGACUCAAGGAGCAAAGAGAUGUGAAAAUCCACACCAUUUCCCUGAACCGCUCAGGCGGGACAGCGGCUGACUUCCUGAGAAACCUGGCCACCCUCACUGGGGGCCGCUACCACUGCCCCGUUGACGAGGACACACUCCUCAGAAUCCACGGCCUAUUGACCAAGGGUUUCGUGGACGAAAGGGAUCCCGUGUUGCCACCGUUUGAAGGAGAUGAUUUAAGGAGAUUGGCCCAGGAGAUCACCAAGGCCAGAAGAUUCCUCUGGAAGGCCCAGUCCUUCAGGUCCCAACUCCAGAAGAAAAACAACAAAGAACCAAAUGUUACUCCUCUUUAGACAAGUGUUCUCAGCCACAGAACUGUCACUCCCUGGGAAGCUCUGCAUCACGCCCUGCCUGGAACACUCUCUCCCCACCCUCUGCCCGGUGACUCCUGCUCAUCAGUGAAGACACAGCUCCAAUGGCAUCAGCUCCACUGUGAAGAGGCCCCUGAGACCCACCAAGAGCUGGGACCCUCCUGCCUUCCUUCCAUUGUGUCCUGGCCAGACAACACUUUCCAUAGCCAUGACACUGACCACUUAUUACACCCAGCACUCCGUGGCAUGCUUCCUUGCUUCCCUGCCCACUUGUCUUGACUGUGUGCUCCCAGGAUGAG